ACUCCCUUUCUAUAAACUACAAAAUUAUAAACGAAACAAUCCGGCUCUGACAGAGCUAUCAAUCUAUUCCCCGUAACAGUUGUUGAUAUACAAAUUUUAUAAUUUUGAGAAGUCAUGGCGCUCCUAAGGAUGUCUAAGGAUGCUACCAAGCUUCUCCUUGCCCGUAGCCAAGUCAUGUCUUCCCAGUGGUUUCGGGAGCAGAAGACCCUGCCAGUUUAUGAUUUUGAGUGCCCCUUUCCGCCCAAAUGGGGCUACUCCGCUUUUGGACGAGAUCAGAAGACUUGGGGCGAAUGGACUGUGGCAAGGUUGGACGAUUUGUUGAACUGGGGGCGCAAGGGUUCGAUUUGGCCCAUGACCUUUGGUCUGGCUUGCUGUGCGGUGGAAAUGAUGCACAUCGCCGCUCCCAGAUACGACAUGGAUCGCUAUGGUGUGGUUUUUCGCGCCUCUCCCCGUCAGGCGGAUUGCAUGAUUGUGGCCGGAACACUGACCAAUAAAAUGGCUCCGGCUAUGAGGAAGGUCUACGACCAAAUGCCGGAACCAAGGUGGGUCAUCUCAAUGGGAAGUUGUGCCAACGGAGGGGGUUACUAUCACUACUCCUACUCGGUUGUGCGUGGCUGUGAUCGGAUUGUUCCGGUGGAUAUAUACGUUCCGGGCUGCCCACCCACAGCCGAAGCUCUCAUGUAUGGAGUAUUGCAGCUGCAGAAGAAAAUUAAGCGCAUGAGGACACUCCAGAUGUGGUACAGAAAAUAAAUGAAUAACAUUACUGUACCCAAAGUCAAUAAAGUAUUGAGGAAAUA